AUGGAGGCGGUGGCGGCGGCGGCCUCGGCUGCUGCUGCGGCUGCCAAGGACUUGGCGGCGGCUGCUGCGAAGGAUGCAGCGGCGGCUGCAGCGACUGCCAAGGAGAAGAAGGCUGCCGCGAAGGAGGCGGCUGUGGCGGCUGCGAGGGCUUCCGCUUUGGCACUAGAUGCGAAGGAGGCAGCUGCCGUGGCGGCCGCUGCGACGGCGGCGGCGGCGGCGGCGGCGCAGGCUUCCAGGAAGCGUAAGUUCCAUCUGGUCGACGACCAAGUUCCAUCCGAUGGGGAUUUCAUCAGCCGCCUCCCCGACCACCUCCUCGACACAAUCCUCUUGCGUAUCCCCACCAAGGAACGCGUCCGCACGCAGGCCAUCUCUCGCCGGUGGCGCCCGCUCUGGCGCUCCACUCCUCUGGACCUAGUGGCGGACUACGAACUCAAGAGCAAGGGCCGUUUCACCGUCGACCUGAUCCACAAGAUCAUCUCCGAGCAUCCCGGCCCCGCGCGCCGCUUCUCGCUCCGCCUCUUCACCACCGACUGUUAUCACAAGAUCGUGGGCUGGAUUCGUUCUCGGGCCCUGGACAAUCUGCAGGAGCUCGAGCUCUCCUACACCUACAGGGACUCGUCCGAUGCCAAGAAGAAGAUGUACAUGUGGCAGCUGCCAUCGGCUGUGUUUCGGUUCGCGCCCACACUCCGCGUGGCCAAAUUUCACAACUGCAUUUUCCCCAACUUUAUUGUUCAGCUGGCCCUCAAGUUUCCGCGCCUCAAGCAGCUGACCUUGCAUAGGGUCACCAUCUCGGAGGAUGCUCUUCAGAGCUUGCUCUCUGGCUGCACUCUACUGGAAAGCCUUGAGCUCGAGGACAAUCUUGGCAUCGGUCGCCUAUGCAUCAGCUCCCAAACUCUCAAGAGUUUAGGCCUCAGCGCCGACAGUAGGAACAAAGGUGUCCUGUUACAAGAAUUGGUCGUCGAGGACGCCCCGUCCCUCGAGAGGUUGCUGCCACUUGAUCCAAAGUAUGGUCCAACGACUAUACGGAUAAUCUCGGCACCUAAACUGAAGAUAUUGGGUAUACUAUCUGAAGACAUAUCAGAACUUCAAUUCGGAAACAUGGUUUUUCAGAAAAUGAUUGUUGUCGGCUUGGCAACCAAAAUGCACACCGUGAGGGUUUUGGCUCUUGGAUCUACUGGCCCCAAUCAGGGUACAGUGGCUAACUUCCUCAAGUGCUUCCCAAACUUGGAGAGGCUGUAUGUCAUUUUCCAGCCAUCGAGGGAUAAGGAUGAUGUCCUGAAGUAUGAUCCCAUUGAAUGCCUUGAGCUCCAUCUCAAAGUAGUGGUGUUGAAGAAUUAUAACAGCAUCACGGGGUCAUCUAUUAGCUUCGCCAAGUUCUUUAUUUUGAAUGCGAAAGUGCUAAAGGAAAUGAAAAUCUCAUUGGUUUACCACCGCCAGCAAAACUGGUUUGCUAAUCAACGCAGGCUGCUACAAAUUGAAAAUAGAGCUUCUCAAGAUGCUCGAAUUGAACUGACAUGUGGUCGUGGUUCUAGGGAUAAUUUCACACACAACAGGCAUACCCAUGAUUUGUCAAUGGCUGAUCCGUUUGACAUCCCCUCUGGAGAAUGCUAUGAUUGUAUGGAGCUAAUAAGGAAGAAAUCACUUCUACUUUGAUGACCAUUUGGAAGAUUGCCUUGUCUUCUGUCCUUAGCUCACAUUUUAUGUUGCUACUUUUGUCUGUAGCCUAUUUCCUAGCCUUCUAAGUUCUGAUGGUCUAGGAAAGGAUCUACUUCAUUCGGUGAUGGAGUAUUUUGUGGCCUGCUCAAGAUUAUACUGGGGUUGAGGAGGUAAUGUCUAUGCUCAAGCUUCAAAUCUGAGCUUGCUGGUUGAAGGGGGUUGUCAAUAGUUAAUUUUCUAUCGUUUUAAAUUUGUUAUGUUUGGUUGGUUGUCGUUGUUUCUUUGCUGUUUGGUCCUGUAUUGUAAGCUGCUGCUACCAGUGGUUACUAUAUGUAUGUAUGAACUUGGAGAGGUUGUAUGUCACAAUUGGAUUAGUUAUAUUUAUCCUAACUUCCUUCAUUCU